CACGUCAUCCAUUCGUUCCUGUAGAUAUAUGUUUGAGAUGCAGCACGACAUCGCAAACUAUAGCUUCAUAUGUAUACGGGUAAGCGCCGCUGGAGCAACAGCAACAACUGUACUAUGCAAGCAUUUGUGGCCGUGGCGCAGGACGAUUCCACGCCCCAGCUACGCAAGGGCAAGAUCCAUCAACGUCAAGAAAAGCUCAGCAGCAACAAAGCCGAAGUGCCUGGAAAUGGAGGUUCCCUUCGCAAGGGGUGUUCCACCUUGAACCCGGCCCACCGACCGUUUAUAACUCGUGUUGGCGACAAUGUGCAUUAGGAUGACGUUGCCAAUGCGUGGCAAACUGGGGACGACGCACAGCCGGACGCCCUCGAUGUCGUCGUGGAGGAUUCCUGACUUCCCAUGCAUCGAUUCCAUGUCGAAGGAAACUCCCCCGUGUCCAACAGACGCCGCGCCACGAAAGGUUUGCACCAGGUCAGAGGACCCGUAGAGAGUUUCAAAGUCAGCACCUUCUGUCCG